UUUUUACCUUUAGAGGAACGGAGAAAAAUACAAAUGGCUUUUCCAGUAUUCGAGAAUGCGGAAGGCGGAAGAGUACAUACCCCCGUAGAUUACAAUCAAAUCAAAGAAUUGGCGGAAUCCGUUCGUAAUUAUGGGGUCAAUGCUAACUUUACCACAAUACAGGUGGAAUGGCUUGCUAAUUUUGCCAUGACUCCCACUGACUGGCAGACGACAGUGAAAGCAGUGCUUCCCAACAUGGGACAAUACAUGGAAUGGAAGGCUCUCUGGUAUGAUGCAGCCCUGGCGCAAGCUAGAGUUAAUGCCACAGCUGAAGAUGAGAAUCAGAGGCAGUGGACAUUUGAAAUGCUGACAGGUCAGGGUCAACAUGCCCUUAAUCAAACCAACUACAUCUGGGGCGUCUAUGGUCAGGUGUCGGCCGCCGCUAUUAAAGCAUGGAAGGCCCUCACAAAAAGGGGAGAAUCCAGUGGACACCUUACAAAGAUUGUCCAAGGACCCCAAGAGCCAUUUUCAGAAUUUGUGGCCAGAAUGACCGAGGCCGCCAGUCGCAUCUUUGGUGAUUCAGAACAAGCUAUGCCCCUGAUUGAGCAACUUGUCUAUGAACAAGCAACCCAGGAAUGUCGAGCGGCUAUCGCCCCUCGCAAAAGCAAAGGUUUACAAGAUUGGCUCAGAGUGUGCAGGGAGCUGGGGGGACCCCUAACCAAUGCAGGACUAGCUGCCGCCAUUUUACAAACGCACAGGCAUAGAGAUUUAUCUAGUCGAAAAGCUUGUUUUAAUUGUGGGAAAAUGGGGCACCUUAAGAAAGAUUGUCAAUCCCCUGAAAGAACAAGAGAGCUGGAGCUUUGCCGUCGUUGUGGUAAAGGUUAUCAUAGGGCUAGUGAAUGCAGGUCAGUCCAGGACAUGAAAGGGAGGCUUCUGCCCCCUAUUGAAGAACCCAAGGUACCCCAAUCAAAAAACGGGUCACGGGGCCCAUGGUCAGGGCCUCAGAAAUAUGGGAACCGAUUUCAGAAAAGCAAUCAAGAGGAAGUAGAGGCUUCCGAGGAACCCCCGGAAUGGACUUGCAUGCCGCCUCUGACUUCUUACUCAUGCCCCAAAUGA